AUGGUUCUUGUGGAAUCCAGACGCACUCGUUCCCAUUCCCUUGACAAGCUGAUUCAUAAAUUGAAUGCCGGGAUCAGCAAGCCCGAUGACAAGCUGACCGACAUCCUGAGCACCAUGGGGGAGUUUGGCCCCUUCCAGCGGAGGCUGGUGGCUUUGUCCUUCAUCCCCAGCAUCCUGUCGGCCUUCUUCUUUCACGCUGACAAUUUUGUGUUCACGACCCAGCAGCCCUAUUGCAAUACUAGCUGGUUUCUGACUCUCUACCCCAACCUGACCGUGAGUCAACUGAUGCAUCUGACCUUGCCCAGAGAUGAUAAUGGUGAUUUCCUUACCUGCCUCAUGUUCAUUCCUGACUUCAUCAGUACAGAAGCCAUAUCCCAAUCUAACAUCAACAACACCCAGCCGUGUCAAGAUGGAUGGAUCUAUCCUAAGGCCAAGAGGCGAUCGCUAGUCAACGAGUUUGACUUGGUGUGCGGCAAGGAGUCACACACGGACAGCGUGGACACCGUGCUCUUGGCAGGGGUGCUCAUCGGGUCCAUCAUCUUCGGGAUCUCCAGCGACAAGCUGGGCCGCUACAUCACGUGCCUGAUGUCGCUCCUGGGGCUGAUGGUCUUCGGCUUCGGAACAGCUUUUGUCAGCAGUUUCCAUCAGUAUCUCUUCUUCCGCUUCUGUGUGUGCCAAGCCGUGGUGGGCUACAUCAUCACCAGUUUGUCUCUAGCCUCUGAGUGGCUGGUGAGCCAUCGCCUGAUCCACGCCAUCGUCCUGGAGUUCUGCUUCAUGUCCGUGGGGCGCAUCUACCUGGUGGGGCUCGCCUACAUGCUGCCGCACUGGCGGCUUCUGUUCCUGAUCGGGAGCACGCCCGUGUUCCUGCUCCUCUUCUACAUCUGGUUUCUCCCCGAGUCUGCCCGAUGGCUGAUGGUGAAAGGAAAAGUGGACGAGGCGAAGAAGGUGCUGUGUCAGGCUGCCCUGGCCAAUGACACAGUCAUUCCAGAAACAUUGAUGAUGAAGCUUCAACUGCCCAGAAGGACUGUGGCCAAGGGCUCUGUCCUGGACUUCUACAACUGCUAUUACCUUCGUAAGGUGAUCCUGAUGCUCCUCUGCACCUGGUUUUCGAUCAGCUUCAACUACCUCACACUGAUACUGAAGACGAAUGAGCUGACCACGAACAAGUACCUCAUCUUUCUGGUCAGUGGGAUCAUGAGGGUGCCCAUGCAUCUGAGCUGCAUCACCCUCCUGGAGAAGAUAGGGAAAAGACUCAGCCUGAGCAUCAUAUACGUGCAAGUCUGUCUCCUGAGCGUAAUCGUCCUUGUCAUCCCAUCAGAGUUGAAAACCACGCUACUCUUGCUGUUCAACGUCGGACAGCUCCUCCAGGCCACCACCGUCCCCGUGUUCUUCGUCUACUCCUCUGAGCUGCUCCCCACUGUCCUCAGGGCCACAGGGCUGGGGCUGGUGAUACUGGCCUUCGUGACAGGAGCCAUCACAGCCAUCAUGCUCAUCAGCCUGCUGAAGAGCAGCUUCAUGCCCGUCUUCCUGUGCUGCUGCUUCUCCUUCCUGAGCUUGACCCUCACCUGCAUGCUGCCAGAUGUGCAAAACCAGCCUUUCUAUGACUUCCUGGAGCAUUUGCCAGAGUACGGAAGGUCCUCGUCUUUUGACUCUGAUGACACCGCCAUUGAUGACAUGUCUGAGGAAGUGGUGAAGAACACCUUCCUCAAUGCCACCAUGUGGAGCUUCAGCAGGGAGGACUCGGAUUGA